AUGGGCUUGUUCGACGAAGCUUCCCGUAUAGAGAAUCCCACACAUGACUCCAGCGAACGACUUCUUGCAGAGGAAGAAGGCGCUCUCUGGGAUGAUGGAAAAUCACCAGCACCCACAUGUAACAGCUUUGCCGUCUACCUCUUUCGGGCAAGUGCACUUGUGCUAGUAUUCCUAGCCGGUACUCUGCUCGGCUUUCAGUGGCGUGGUGACUUGGACGGCCUUUGCAGUCGACAUGUCUCUCAAUAUUCAACUGUCAUAAAGGAAGUUGGAAUCCAAUAUAAUCUACAAGAAUUCAAUGGGUCUCUCCUGAAAGAGAACGUUUUCCGGCAAGAUGCCGGCCCAGAUGUUGAUGCAGCGUGGGAGUCCUUGGGCGUGAACUACCGCAGUGUUCGAAUACCCCCAGAGGAUGCUGAACAAUCUGGUCUUGCUGCCGACCAAGUGAAGAUCAAUGCGAAGUACGGGGGAGGAUUUCCUGCAAAUGUCGAGGGCUUGCACCACCUUCACUGUCUCAAUCUUCUUCGUCAGUCACUCUACUAUAACUACGAGUAUUACCACGCGAAGCGGGAAGGACCCUUCACAAACAAUGACUAUAUAGUCCGCCUCCACGUGUCACAUUGCCUCGAUAUUAUUCGCCAAGAGCUCAUCUGCACGGUUGACACUGGAGUGUUGGGUCAAGUCUGGAUUUAUCCCGAGAAUCCAGAGCCCUACGUUGACUUUAACACUCAGCAUCGAUGUAAGAACUUCGAUGCUGUCCGUCGCUGGGCUGAGAGGAAUCAGCUGCCUCAAGACCCCCCGGCAGACUUUUUGCAGCCACCAUCAGAGGGAGACCGAAUAUACAGCCAAAUGCCAUGA